CACACCCACACACACACACACACAGAGCGAGAGGAGGCAGAGCAGCUUUGCAGCACUUUUCCAACAACAGUGUGAGUUGCUUGGAUAAAAAGGUUGAUGAUCAGCCUGCAGAUGCACACGAGCUCAAGGAGGAUGAGGGGAACAAAAGGUGAAAGUCUCCAUUUGAGCGCCACAAGCCAAGGAGGAUAAGUGGACGACGGAGGGAACCGAUGCUUCUUGAGUGAGAUGAUGAUUGAUGCUGAGCAGCAAAACAAGUUAAAACCACAGGAUGACAGCUGCCAGCAGCAAUGUCAGUAGCCCCGCCUCCUGCCGCUCCUCACCCGCCUGCCUCCCAUGUCACUUGAGAAAGGGCGGAGCCACCCGAACUCGACUGCACCUGCGCUCGGCCCCGGGCGUGUGGCUGAUGGUGGGCGUGGUCGUGGUGCUGGCAGGGAUGAGCGUGGCCGUGGUGGGUUACGUGUCCGCUGUGCCCAAGCCUGUGGGAGGACGCGGGGGAAGCCAUGUGGAGAGAAUGAAACUGUCCGGGCCCGUGGUCAUGGGUGUGGGCCUCUUUAUCUUCAUCUGCGCCGCCACGCUGCUCUAUGAGAACCGGGAUCGAGAAGUCCACAGGUUAGAAACGUCGGAUGACUUGGAGGACCUGAACGGGGAUCUGGGCUGGGACGACUCGGAAAAGGACAGCUUCGACAGUCAAGAGCAGUGGGAAGAGAGAGAUGGCGACCAAGUCUCCAACCAAAACUGGGCCCUCUACCCGCCUCCUCUGUCUCUGGUUCAACAGAACCAUGAGGACAUUGGGAAAGAAGGUGAGGACGAGAAAGAGAAGGAGGGGAAGUCAACUCUUCUGGCCAGAGUUCAGCACCAUCAGGAGCCAAGUCCUCAGUCUUCCUGCGGCGACACGCCACUUCCUCCACUUCCUCAGUCCUCUGCCCACGUGGACUUUGAGAACUGUAACACAAGGACAGCUUCUGUUCUCCUGCCGGAACCUUUAACAUCUCACAGGGUUUGAAGGUUGUGGACUCCAAGACGGAAGACCAUCUAACCCUAAUCAGAUGUCUUGGAAAAGACUGCUGAGAAAGUAAAGGAAUUACAGAGGACUGACCUUCGGGCGUUUCAAAGGAAAAACUAUCAAGCGGCGAUCUGAUGCACUUUUGGAGAUUUGAUUCGAUCUUUUCGACAGUGUCAAGCAUCUUUAACACAUAGACUCUGCUAAAUUGGCGUAUCAGAUAUAUGGCGGACGCUUGUUUGACAGGGACAAUCACUUUCAACAGACUCUUGCAUCAGAGACGUAACAGGCUGCAACGGCAGAAUGAGCAUUUAUUCGCCCGUGUCGCAAAAUUGUCGCAAAAAAGAUGUAACAGUAGAUUCCACAUUUAUUCGCCUGUGACAGAAAAUGUAACAGGCUGUAACAUUGAGAAGGCAUUUGUCUACUUGUCUGGCAGAAUUGGGGCAGCAGAGCCAUAACAGUCUACAAGGGUAACAACAGGUGUGUGUUGUGUGUGAAAAUUGGCGCAUCAAAACUGUAACAGGCUGUAACAUUAAAGGCCUACUGAAAUGAGAUUUUCUUAUUCAAACGGGGAUAGCAGGUCCAUUCUAUGUGUCAUACUUGAACAUUUUGCGACAUUGCCAUAUUUUUGCUGAAAGGAUUUAGUAGAGAACAUCGACGAUAAAGUUCGCAACUUUUGGUCGCUGAUAAAAAAGCCUUGCCUGUACCGGAAGUAGCGUGACGUCACAGGUUGUGGAGCUCCUCACAUUUGCACAUUGUUUACAAUCAUGGCCACCAGCAGCGAGAGCGAUUCGGAC